GUCUGCAAGCUGCUAACUCCCUUUACAAAUGGCCACAGCCGAGUACGAGAACAUCCUGACCGAAGUGCGAGGCAAAGUGGCGAUCAUCACUCUGAACCGCCCCAAGGCUCUGAACGCACUAUGCAGUCCGCUGAUCGAGGAGCUGAACGGAGCGGCCCACGCCUUCGACGCCGACAAGAACAUCGGCGCCAUCGUCAUCACAGGCAGCGACAAGGCGUUCGCGGCCGGCGCGGACAUCAAGGAGAUGGCCACCAAGAGCUUCGUGGACGCUUAUAAGAGCAACAUGUUCGCCAACUGGGGGGACAUCACCAAAGUCUCCAAGCCUGUGAUCGCUGCUGUGAACGGCUACGCUCUGGGCGGCGGCUGUGAGUUGGCCAUGCUCUGCGACCUCAUCAUCGCCGGCGACUCGGCUAAGUUCGGCCAGCCAGAGAUCACGCUCGGCACCAUCCCUGGCUGUGGCGGCACUCAGCGUCUCAUCCGAGCUGUGGGCAAGUCCAAGGCCAUGGAGAUGAUCCUGACAGGCAACAUGAUCGACGCUCAGCAGGCCGAGAGGGACGGACUUGUGGCUCGUGUUGUGCCGGCUGACCAGCUGCUGGACGAGGCUCUCAAGACGGCCAACAAGAUCGCAUCGUUCUCGCAGCCUGUGGUCAAGAUGGCCAAGGAGGCCGUCAAUGCGUCCUACGAGCAGACGCUGCAGGAGGGAAUCAAAUUUGAGAGCCGCCUCUUCUGGAGCUCCUUCGCCACCAAGGACCAGAAGGAAGGCAUGGCCGCCUUUGUGGGGAAGCGUAAGGCUGAGUUUAAGGACGAGUAAGUACUGUACUGUAGCGUGUGGAAGUGACCUCCGCCCUUUUAAUUCGAGGCAAUUAUCGGAUUUUAAUGAAGGCGAGAACUUGACAAUUUGGAAAUGAAAAAA